AUGGACCAACCAAUACCGGGUUCGGCCCUCCACAGUCUCAGCGUUGGCUGCGCUCUGUUACUCAGCUAUGCAGCCACAGUCGUCUUCGUCCCAAAGGGUGCCACCCUCGUCCGUGUUGGUUCCACGGUGGCGCUGGGCUGCAUGCAGUACACCUUCUACACGGCUGUCCUAGGUACAUCCUUGACUCGUGCGCAGAUAUCCAACAUUUGCCUCCUUAGUUGGGGUUUCUUCAUCAACGGGGCCGAGCAAAUUCUUCUGUCGCGCUACAAUGUCGAGGACCUCCGCGGGAAGCCAGAUAAGAACGGCGGUGGCCAUGUUGGCACUGCAACGCUUUUGUUGCGCGCGGUGCGUAUGUACUUUAACCUACGGCGUGUUGGCCUCCGCGGUGAGAUUACAAUGAGGCGUCGGGACGGUCCGCGACGGGGUCAGCUUCUCCGUGCUAAGAUAAUCGAGGUGCUUAUUGUAUACCUGAUUAUGGACGCGGCGAUGAGUGGACCACUGCCGGACGGACAUUUAUUCGCGCGAGAGAAGCAGACUCUGUCUAGAUUCUCAAACUUGUCACUGGAGGACGUGGCCUUUCGCUGCUUUGGUACCAUCGGAUACUGGGUUGUCACCUACGUCUGCAAUCGACUGAACCAUGGCUGCGCAGCUGUGCUAUGGCUCUCGCUUGGCUUGAGUGAGCCGGAGGAUUGGCCACAUCUCAACGGGCCGGUAAGCGCCUGUUGCACCGUCCGUGGAUUCUGGGGAACAUUCUGGCAUCAACUCUUUCGUAAAAUGGUGACUGGCUGGGGAGACUUCAUCCCCGACAAGGUCCUGCGUCUUCGCCGCGGCACACUUCUCUCGCGAUACACGCGCCUACUUCUAGCAUUCCUUACUUCUGGCGUGAUACAUCACUGCAUGCAAUAUAUCUAUCGGUUCGCAGCUGAGGACUCGUUCGCUGUCGAGAAGUUCUAUGCCAUGCAGGCCUUUGGGAUCAUGUUUGAAGAUACUGUACAGGCAGCGACUGCGCAUCUCCCUGUGUCAAAGUCCGUACGUCGCGCGGUGGGAUAUCUUUGGGUGAUUGGGUUUCUGUCCUGGUGCACCCCGAUCAUGUCUUAUCCUUCUAUGCGUGGAGGAGAUCCAGGGCAGAUGGUUCCCUUUUCGGUUUUCGGUCUAGAAGAUGACUCUUUUCUGCUCCUUAUUGGCUAUAUCAGUCACAAGCUUAUGUAG